UCUAGCAAUUAGGAAUUCCUACACCUCUGGUUGUAAUAAGUUUUCUUUGGUUUUGACUCUUCUGGUAUGAUUUUUGUCAAGGGAAUUCUAUAUCAACGACAAAGCACAACUUUUUUACUUUUCUGCCUAAAGGUUUAUUUGAACAAAGAAGCUCCAAAUUUCGUGGAAAACAUGAGUGUUGCCACAAAAUAUCUAAAAGCAGUGAUGCAGUGGCAUUUUCUUUGGAGAUUGUCCAAAACAAUUGAGUUCCAUGUUCCUGCCAUUUGGCAAGCGGUUUACUCAUCUUCUCUCUUCGUUCUUCCUAUGGGGGUUAUCAAGCAAGUGAUACAUGAUUUUGGAGGGUGGGGCCGUGUAUUCGAGCUUCACUCCCUAAGGGCGAGUCCAAAAGGCCCUACCAUGGUAUUUAGGCCUAUUUUGAAUAUCUCCGUGGAGUUCGAGACUACUUUGAUUACGGGGAAUGAUACUUUGAGCGACAUGCAUAUACCUUUUUUCUUUUUUUGUAUUUUUUCAGAGUUUAAACUUCUCCAAAGCUUCUUUUUCAGCCUUUUCUGUUAAUAAAUGUGCACUUCAUUUUAAAUGUAUUUUCAUGGUGGUUGUACAUUGUGCAAUG